AUGUACAGAGAAGGUUGGUUUUUGCCAGCGCAACGUAACGAAGUUGUGGCGUUUAUUCGUGUUCACAGAUCUUCAGUAACUCCUAUCGUAGAUGUGCUUUUGCAGAAAACCUCCACGAUUAUCGAAAUAUACGGUCGAGCAGUCCAAAACUCCCCUGCUACACGUAAAGAAUUCUAUGUUUAUAUACAUCCUUACCAAAAUAUCAUUCGUAAUAUCGUGAUGAAAAUCGAAACAAAACAAUCUGACCAUGCUAAAUUUGACGCAUACUGGAAAGAAAAGCAAGGGAGCAAACUCUUAGAGAACACGCAAAAACUUCUCCAAAACUUUGAUAUGCGCGAAAACGAACUGGCUCUGCAAGACAUGCAUACUUCAUACUCAGACGAAUUCGAUAGCCUGCGCAAUAAUCAGACCAGCGCCCAUACCACUUCUGCUCAGACUCAACCCUACCACUUGUCCCGCCGUUUGGGACAUAGCUACAGUCUUCGCCAACAACUAUUCCAGCACACUGGUACCAGAAACAGUUACGUAAGCUACAAUCUUCGCCAACACCUAUUCCAGCACACUGCAUUUGGGGAGAUUUUCUCCGAACUCGUACAUAAACAACCAUGUACUGCAAUCGAAAAGCUCACUAUCCUUUUAGAUAAAUGCAAAGGAGAAGCCACACGUGCACUAAAGUAUAUUCCACGGAAAGGAUCGUCAUACAGGGAUGCCAUUAAAUAG